AUGGCCGAAGAAGCCACUCAAGUAGAGGAAAAAGUAUCCGAACAAAGUUUUUCCCCCGUGGAAUCUGAAAUGCCAAUCGCCAAUACUGAAACUCAAGUGGCCGCCGAUUCGGAAAUUGAAGCCUCGCAAACCCAAGAAGUUUUUGUGAAACCUGAGGAAUCCCAUGUAGAGGCUGAGAAACCAGUCGAAGUUUUGGAAGCAUUUGAGGAAAUUCCAGCUGUAAUUGCUGAAGUUGAAGAACCUGCUCAACCCGAAGCCGAAGUCAGCCAGAAUGAGGAAGAAGUUGUUGCUCAAGUUCCAGUUGUUGAAGCCGAACAAGAAGAAGACGAAACCGACAAAAAUGAAGAAGACGUUGCUGCUCAAGUUCCAACUGUAGCUGAAGAAACACCUGUAGCUGAAGAAAUCCAAUCGAUACAAGAAGAAAAGACUGAAGAAGAGGAAACACCUGUUGCUGCUGAAGAUGAAGUUCAAACUGCCGAUGAAACUGUAAAUGUUGCUCAAACUGAAGAAAAUGAAGCUGUCCAAGAAAUUAUGGAAGAACCCGUUGCAAAUACCCAAGAUGAAGAACAAAAAACUGCUGAAGAACCACAAAUCGCCGAAGAUACCCACAGUGUUGAAGAAGUCCAUAAUUCUGUGGAAGUUAUACCCGCUGCUGAAGAAGAAUCCCAAACUGCCGAAGAAGUGAAAUCUACUCAAGAAAAUGUUAGUGCCGAAGAAGUACAAACUGCUGAUGAAGCUCAAUCUGCCGAAGUAGUUGUACCAGUAGCGGAUUCAAUUGAAACCAACGAUGAAGUAAAAUCUGUCGAAGUGGAAACAGAAUCUGCUGAAGAAACACAAUCUGCCGAAGAACCACAAUCUGCUGAAGAAACACAAACUGCUGAAGUAGCCCAAACAGCUGAUGAAGUUCAAGCUUCGGAAGAAGUCCAAACUGCUGAUGAAGUUCCAGCUUCGGAAGAAGUCCAAACUGCUGAUGAAAUUCAAACUCCUAAUGUUCAAGCUUCUGAAGAGGUUCAAACUGCUGACGAAGUUCAAGCUUCUGAGGAAGUCCAGGCCGCUGAAGAAGUUCAAACCGCUGACGAAGUUCAAACCGCUGAAGUAGUACCAACUGCUGAUGAAGUUCAUACCGCUGAAGAAGUAGAAACUGCUGAUGAAGUUCCAGCUUCUGAGGAAGUCCAGACUGCCGAAGAAAUCCAACCUGUUGAAGAUGUUCAAGCUUCUGAAGAAGUUCAUACCGCUGAAGAAAUACCAACUGCCGAUGAAGUCCAAACUGCUGAUGAAAUCCCAACUGCUGAAAAUGUUGAACCCGCUGCCCAAGAUGUUCCUGCUGAUGAAGAAACUCAAUCUGCCGAAGAAGUUAAAUCUGCCCAAGAAAACUUCAAUGUUGAUGAAGUUCAAACAUAUGAUGAAACUCAAUCUGCCGGAAAAGUAGUUGCCGAGCCUGUUGCCGAAGAAGAAAUCCAAGAAUCUCAACCAGCUGUUGUUGAAGGUGAAAAUAAUGAAGACCAAGUUGCCAGCGAAGAAACCGACCAAGUUGUCGAACAAUCUGAAGUAGUUCCAGAAAUGGCCGGAGCUGAAGAAAUCGAACCUGUGAUCGAAACUGAAACCCAAGAACAUCAAGCUGAAGCCGAAAAAGUCAAUCCAGUCCAUGAUAAUGAAAUUCAGACCGUUGAAGAAAUGCACACACCCGAAGAACCUAUGGUUGCUGCUGAAGAAUCCGAAAAUGUAAAAUCAGAGAAAACUGAAUCAUCACCUUCAACUGAAAACGAAGAAGAAGUCAAGAGUGCCUUAUCCGAACAAGAGAAACCCUCAGAACCUGCAAUUUUUGAAGAAAACUCAGAAGAGGUCGCCGCCGCUCCAGUAGCUGAGACAAUUGAGGAAAUGGAAGCUGAGAAACCAGUUGAAGCUCCAGAGUCAAUGCCCGCCACCCAGGAAAUGACAAUUCAAGAUCCCAUCGUCGAACAAAUGCUUGAGGAAUCCAGUGCAGAUGAAACUAAGAAACAAAGUCUCGGCGGAUUCAAGCCUGUGGACCCUGUGAUGGCUGCUGAAGCCGAGCAAUUGAUUGCUGAUUUUAUCAACACCUUGAGAAGAAAUGAUUUUACUAAUGAAAAACCUGGAAUGCCAAUGGGAAUGCCAAUCAACGACGCCGACUUUGCCCCUGAACCUGAACAGGUAUCCGAGGAAGAUAUGAACAAAGUACUAGCAGCCCAGGAAAUCCUUGAACAAGCUGACCAUGCUGCUGAAGAAAUGAAGAAUGAACAUCAACCACAAAUUAUUGAGGCCCACGAAGCUUCCGAUGAAGAUCAAACUGCGGAAAACGAAGAGGAAAUUAAGGCCUCCAACGAGGUUGAUGAAGGCAAAGUAGAGGAAGAGAAGGAGACCUCGUUUUUGAAAUCCACUGAGGCUCACGCUGAAGAUGAGAAGCCAGCUGUACUUACUGUUCCAGAAAUGAUUUUGUCACAUGUCCCUGAGCAGAUUCCUGUUGAAAUCGUUGCUGCUCCCACUGAAGUCGAACAACAGGCUGAAGAACAAAGCCAGAGUGAUAAUGUAGCCGCUGAAAUGCCAGCCAACAAUGAAGAAGAACAAACUGAAGUGGAGGAACCAGCUGUAUUCAUGGGAGGUUAUAAACCUUUGAGUAUUGAUGAUAUCGUUGAAUUGGUCAAGGAGCGUCUAGACCAAAAGCCCCAAGAAGCCAUGGAACAACCAAUGCAAUUGGAACAAGUUUUGGGCGAAGCCAAGCCAAAUGCUGAAGAGCAAGAAGAGACCGUUGCCACCGCUGAACAACAAGCCGAUGAAACUCAACAGCAGUCCGAAGAAGAGAUCGUCAUGCCCAUUUAUCAUAGGUCAACUGAACCCCUUAAAGUAGAUGCUGCUGUCCAAACCGAUAGCCAAGAAGAAUCGGCGGCUGCCGUUGAAGCUGUGGCAGCUCCAUCUACUCAAGAAAAAUCAAAUCGUUCCUUAAGAUCUCGCGCCAAAUUGGAUCCUCGCAAACGUCGUUUCCUCUUCAGGUCAGACGAAAGCUAA